AACCCACGCGGGGUGCUCCAUACGCUUGACCUAGCGCCAAAAUAAUUUCAUCCCCAAACCGCGAUAAGAGAUAAAUCUUCGGAAACCUCUCCGCUUCUGCAAACCCUAGUUUUGCCAACCCACACAAUUUUGGGAUUAGCUUCACAAAUCUUCACCAGCAGUUUUAGCGGCUCAAUUUUUUGAGGUGUUUUAUACCAGGACGGGAAUGUCAUCCGUGUCUACUCAGCCUCAGUUCCGUUACACACAACCUCCAUCUAAGGUGCUACAUUUGAGAAACUUGCCGUGGGAAUGCACUGAGGAGGAACUGAUUGAACUUGGGAAGCCCUUUGGAAAAGUUGUGAAUACAAAGUGUAAUGUUGGAGCAAAUCGAAAUCAAGCUUUUAUUGAGUUUGUGAGUGCAUUUGUUUCCAGUACUGAUUUGAAUCAAGCCAUAGCAAUGAUAACAUAUUACGGCCAAUCGUCUGAGCCUGCUCAAGUACGGGGAAAGACUGUCUACUUGCAAUACUCCAAUAGGCAAGAGAUAGUUAACAACAAAACAACGGCAGAUGUUGCUGGAAACGUACUGCUUGUAACAAUUGAGGGUAGUGAUGCACGCCUUGUCAACAUUGAUGUCUUACAUCUGGUGUUCUCAGCCUUUGGCUUUGUGCACAAGAUUACUACCUUCGAGAAGACAGCUGGAUUCCAGGCAUUGGUGCAGUUCUCUGAUGCAGAAACCUCGUCAUCAGCAAAAAAUGCCCUGGAUGGAAGAAGCAUCCCUAGGUAUUUGCUUCCUGAACAUCUUGGACCAUGCAGCCUUAGGAUCACAUAUUCUGCUCAUACAGAUUUGAGUGUGAAAUUCCAGAGCCAUCGAAGCAGGGACUACACAAAUCCUUAUCUUCCUAUUGCUCCAUCAGCAAUCGAGGCAAGUGGGCAAUUUAGUGUGGGUAUUGAUGGCAAGAAACUUGAACCUGAGAGUAAUGUUCUUCUUGCUUCCAUUGAGAACAUGCAGUAUGCUGUCACCUUGGAUGUUUUACACAUGGUUUUUUCUGCUUUUGGUCCUGUCCAGAAGAUUGCUAUGUUUGAUAAGAAUGGUGGACUUCAGGCUUUAAUUCAAUACCCUGAUGUUAAGACAGCUGUUGUUGCCAAGGAAGCCCUGGAAGGGCACUGCAUCUAUGAUGGAGGGUUUUGCAAGCUUCAUGUAUCUUAUUCGCGCCAUACUGAUCUCAGUAUAAAGGUUAACAAUGAUCGGAGUAGGGACUAUACAAUCCCUAAUGGUGCUAUGGUGAAUUCCCAACCCUCCAUCCUUGGACAACAGCCAGUUCAAAUGGUUGGACAUGUUGCUCAACAGUACAAUGGAGCUCAGUUGGCCCCAACUCUGGAGCAGUCUAUGAUGCCUCAGCCCUCUGCUGGCUGGGGCGUUUCUGUUCCAGCAUCAGAGCAAACCUACCCAAUACAUAUGAAUAAUCCUCCUUACAUGCCACCUGGAGCUAUGCCUCCUCAAAUGGGCCCAGGAAUGAUGCACCUGCCGGGCCAGAGUGGCCCACAGCAGCCCCCACCAAUGCCCCCAUAUAGCGCUGAUCAUAUGCGAUAGCGUCUCGCCUAUCCGAUUCUACUUAUUCAAUUAGCCACUGUUUUACAGUGGCAGGUUUGUACGAGGUGCAGUAUGCAAUUUGAUGAAGCAAAAGCGUCCCUGGUCCGCAUAACCAUGUUUGAACUCCUCAUUGUUUUUAGGCAAAAAUGUCGUUUCUUUUUUCUUUCUUUUUUCCUUUUGCAAUUUUGAUUGUGAAGUAUUCGAGCCUCGAACACUCUUGCAGGCCAAUGAUACUCAUGAACUAUAAGUCUAUAUCAUCCUUGAUGACAUGUGAAAUAUUUCAAUACUUGCACCUGAUUAACAUGGUGCUGCUUUUUAUCUAAUUGGGGGUGUGGAAA